AGGACGCCGUCCCCCCGCGAUGGCGGCGUUCGCGCGGCGCAAGGCGCAGCGGCUCGCGCGGCCCGACCCCAGCCGGAAGCGCGCGCUGGACGCGCGAGCCGCGGAGCUCGCGCGGCUCCUGAAUGCGCGCGACAGCUUCUGCACCACGAGCUCGUGCGACGGGAGGGUGAUCCUGACGGUGCGUGAGGGACGGGACCGGCAGGGGAUGGUGACGGUGCGGGACGGACGGGACCGGCAGGGGAUGGUGACGGUGCGUGACGGACGGGACCGGCAGCGGAUGGGGACGGACACAGAUGGCAUGGGCAUCCAGAAGAAGAACUGCACGUGGCUCCUGGUAACACAUGACCCGUGUGUCAAAGGCGAUGUGAUGACAGCACUCAAGAAAGCCACUGGUGAUGUUGUGUUCAAGUUUGAACCAUUUGUUCUUCACGUGCUGUGUCGAGAGCUGCAGGAUGCCCAGCUGCUGGUAAAGCCACGUCAACAUUCAGUGGCUAUUGACUCUGGGUUCAGAAACUCUGGUAUUACAGUUGGCAGAGGAGGAAAAAUUACAAUGGCUGUGCGGAGCACUCACUGCUUAGAAGUUCCAUUGAGCCACAAAGGGAGAUUGAUGGUCUCUGAAGAAUAUAUUGAAUUUCUGGUACAUGUAGCCAAUCAGAAAAUGGAAGAAAACAGAAAGAGGAUUGACAGGUUCCACAAAGGCUUGGAGCUGGCUCUGGAAGCUGCUGUCCCUGCAGACACCUUGUUUCCCGAGGGGCUAGAGAAGAGCCACUCUGUGUACAUGCACAGAAGAAAGAGACGGACUGCUCAGGAACAGGCUGAUCCCAGCAGAGAGCUGGAACCCCAGGAUGAUACUGAAAGCAGUCUUGGUCUGUUUGCUGAAAUCAUGAUCUAGACUAAGACAUUUGAAAGCAAAUGGUGAACUGAAAAAGUUAUUGUAAUGCUCUUUUUAAGAGGUUUAUAUACUCCUGUGCUCCAAGUAGUAAUAUUCUCAUGCACAUUGACCAGGGAAAAAGGUAAUUAACAGAAUAGUGAGCAGGUGUAGCUACAGGACACAGAGAACAAAGCCAUAGAAUGUUUUGGGAGUUUUUAAAGUGUUCUGUUAAAUUAACAAAGUGGUACUCCAUAAGUUAUCUUAGAAAUAACUGGUUUGCUACAGCUUUUCACUGUGUUCUCUGUGGCAGCAUUUCACUUCCAACUUCUGGGUUUUGCAGAGCCAGCUGGCUCUGCAGGUUUCUCCUUCAGGAAGGGGAAGACAAGCAUUGAAGACUGAAGACCAUCCAAUACAUGCAGUGGAAAUUCCACAGAAACCUUCCAAAGUAGCGCUGUGUGCACAGGUCUCAGACCUCAUGUGCGUUUGGGCCACCUGGGGGGCACGUCCUGCACACAGAGGAGGUAGUUGUUGCUUGUGGAUUUCAGGGAGUUUGUUCAGAAUAGUCUGAACUCUCCUCUGCAUGUGACAUUUCUUAAAAUGUCUGGAACUGGUGUGUUGGACAUGGCUCAAGGGACUGACGACACCAGCACCAACCACAAGCAGUGCCCACAGACCCUGUAACAGCCCAAACCCUCACCCUGUGUAACAGCACUGCAGUAUUUACAUUCUGAGAAAUACAGUUUGUCAGAAACUGAUCCCACAUUCCUCUGAAAAAUGAUAAAAAAUUCAGGAAGACUUUUUGGCAUCUUAACACAAAAAUGUCACCCUAACUGUUUGCAUCCAUCCAAGGUUGCAGAGGGUGAUGCUGAGGAGGUUUCUGGGACCAGCAACACCUUCCUCCAUGCACUGCUGCCCUUACACCUUGCCCCAUGCUCACCCAAGUUGCACCAGCUCAUUUUGAGGUUAAUUUUAUCAAGCUGUGUUUUAUUUCCAGCUGCUGUAUGGGAUUCUGUUGGGCUGUCAAUGUGCAGGGCACAGGCAGCAAUUGGGAAGAGCAUCCAGAGGCAGCUGGAGGCAGCACCCUUGAAAAGGGGAUUCUGGGGCUUAUGGCUGCAGGGAAAUUCACCAAUAAGCAACAAGACUCCUAAAACUGUCAAAUCUUUUAUCAUUUCUAAGUGUGCUUAGCCACUUAAUUAAUCUAAAAGGUAUUUUUAUACUUGCUCUCACUGUGUUAAAUUUUUUUAAAUUACAAUUUCACUCCCUGUGCACUCAGUUUUUUCAGGGGACACAGAUGGGUUCAUUCACUCCAGGAACUGAUUGUCAUUUCUCACCCCAUAGCAUUUCACAUCCACACCAGGAAACUACUCAAAUCAGCGCCGCAGCAUUCCCUGUGGCUGUGCCGCAGGUUCCCAGCCAGUUGUGCUCCCCAGCAGAUCCAUGCACUUGGACACAAAGUCACUUGACCCAUUCACUGGGAUAAUUCUGUACAUGCAAAUCACAGAUGUCAGGAGCACAAGUGUUCGCUUGAAACAGCUUCCUCUGAAAUUCAGAUACUUAAAAUGGUUUACAAGAGCAUGGCAGUAACAGCUGCAGAGUGCAGUGAAAUCAGUGUUCUCACAUGGGGUUAGACAUCUCCAGACCAGGGUGACUUUGCACCUCUCAGCUUCCACUCCUGCCAGGGCUUCACUUGAAUUUAACCAAGUCUCAAUUUAAUUUAAUCAGUCUCAAGUUUUUGAAUUUAUCAUAUUAUAUGUAUAAUGCACUGGAGGCUUAGCAGCUCUUCAGUACUUUUGGUUACUGAAAAUACACAAUUACUUUGUAAUGUCUUGUGAAUUUGAUUUUACAUAGUGGGAUAUUAUGGGAGAUGUUUCACUUCUGAUCUACCCAUAGUAGAAAGUACGCCAGGGGAACAUGCUGGGUGUUUUUUUUUAAAAAGGUGUGUCUUUAAGAAAAUUGAAUCUUUAAAAAUUAUAUAAAUACCUAAAUUUCCUGAGCUGCUCACUUCAUUUCUUCACACCAGGAGAAAAUAAAGCUGGCAAGAAUUGCUGUCAAACAUGCUGUGUUGGCAGUGGUGUGACAGCAGGCAGCUACCUGAGAUCGAGGUCAGAGAAUUCUCAGCUUUUUCUUUUCCUUAAAUCAGAGAAUGACACCCAAAUUCCACGUAGAGAUUACAUGAAAGAUCUCGUUCUGCUUUCUGGAUGCAGUUUAUUUAUGAUACC